CUUUUCCUCAGGCCCAAGUAAUUUUCGCCGCUGUUUUUAGGGAAUUUGUUCCAUAUAUAAAUCCGCUCGUCCAUGCCACUCUCACUUCCAAAUCACUCUCAACCAUUGAUCUAAUCACAAGAAUCUCUUUCUCUGUCGUUCUCGAAUUGUCUUUUUUGUUUUUUUUCAUCUCACAAUGGAAACCAAAGUUGGCUCGCUGGACUCUUGCACGCCCGCCACGUGUUCCGACUUGGCCAGCCUCCCCUCCAACGGCGCCGUCGCCACCGUCCACCCCUCCCCGGUGUCCUUCAACUCCGCCGAGGCCACUCUCGGCCGCCACCUCGCCCGCCGCCUCGUCCAGAUCGGCGUUGGCGACGUCUUCGCCGUACCCGGGGACUUCAACCUGACGCUGCUUGACCACCUCAUAGCUGAGCCGGGGCUCAACCUCGUCGGCUGCUGCAACGAGCUGAACGCCGGCUACGCCGCCGACGGCUACGCCAGGGCGCGAGGCGUCGGCGCGUGCGCUGUGACGUUCACCGUCGGCGGGCUGAGCGUUCUCAACGCCAUUGCCGGCGCGUACAGCGAGAACCUUCCCGUCAUCUGCAUCGUCGGCGGCCCGAACUCCAACGACUACGGCACCAACAGGAUCUUGCAUCACACGAUCGGGCUGCCGGAUUUCAGCCAGGAGCUUCGUUGUUUUCAGACCGUCACUUGUUAUCAGUCGGUGGUGAAUAAUCUGGAGGAUGCUCAUGAGCUGAUUGACACGGCGAUUUCGACGGCGUUAAAGGAGAGCAAGCCGGUGUACAUUAGCGUGAGCUGUAACUUGCCUGCCAUCCCUCACCCAACGUUUAGCCGCGAGCCUGUCCCAUUUUCACUCUCCCCAAAACUGACCAACCAAAUGGGCCUGGAGGCCGCAGUCGAGGCUGCCGUCCAAUUCCUCAACAAGGCCGUGAAGCCCGUCCUCGUCGGGGGGCCGAAACUCCGCGUGGCACGGGCCUGCAACGCCUUUGUCCAGCUGGCAGAUGCUUGCUGUUACCCACUAGCAGUCAUGCCCUCGGCAAAAGGCCUUGUCCCCGAGCACCACCCGCGCUUCAUCGGCACUUACUGGGGUGCCGUGAGCACUGCCUUUUGUGCCGAAAUAGUCGAGUCUGCCGAUGCGUACCUUUUCGCGGGCCCCAUUUUCAACGACUACAGCUCGGUGGGGUACUCUUUGCUCCUCAAGAAGGAAAAGGCCAUCAUCGUGCAGCCCGAUCGUGUGGUUAUUGGUAACGGGCCAGCCUUUGGGUGCGUGCUCAUGAAGGAUUUCUUAACGGGCCUUGCGAAAAGGCUGAGCCCAAACCCGACUGCUCACGAGAAUUACCAGAGGAUUUAUGUUCCGGAAGGUCGGCCUGUGAAGGCCGCGCCUAAAGAGGCUUUGAGGGUGAAUGUGCUGUUUCAGCACAUUCAGGAGAUGCUUUCGGGGGAGACAGCUGUCAUUGCCGAGACGGGGGAUUCGUGGUUUAAUUGCCAGAAGCUCAAACUGCCAGCUGGCUGUGGGUAUGAGUUUCAGAUGCAAUACGGGUCGAUAGGAUGGUCGGUUGGUGCGACUUUGGGCUAUGCUCAGGCAGUGCCCGAGAAGCGGGUUAUUGCUUGCAUUGGGGAUGGUAGCUUUCAGGUUACGGCCCAAGAUGUAUCGACUAUGCUUAGAUGUGGCCAGAAUACAAUCAUCUUCCUGAUUAACAAUGGUGGCUACACAAUCGAAGUUGAGAUUCAUGACGGGCCUUAUAAUGUGAUCAAGAACUGGAACUACACUGCAUUGGUCGAUGCUAUCGAUAAUGGUGAAGGCAAAUGCUGGACAACCAAGGUUUGGUGUGAAGAGGAGCUCAUUGAGGCUAUUGAAACUGCUACUGGAGACAAAAAGGACUGUCUGUGCUUCAUUGAGGUGAUUGUUCACAAGGAUGAUACGAGUAAAGAGCUUCUCGAGUGGGGUUCGAGAGUUUCUGCAGCUAAUAGCCGCCCGCCUAAUCCUCAGUAGACAGUAGACUUUCUCUUAAGCUGCAAAAAGUGUACUCAGAAUUUUCUUUACUCGCGCGUAUUUUCUGCGUUUAUUUUGCGUUUUCUGACUAUCAAUGGGAGUUUAUUAAACGUCUUUGAUAUUUUGUUCAAAGUUUCGUUCAUUGAACUUCUUACAUUUGGGAAUGCAUGGACUGGAUCUUCAUGGACUAUGAAUAUGCAAUGAUAAAUAUGAAUAUUUAUGUAAUAUUAAAAUUGGUAAACGAAAAGAGUCGGUAAAUUUGAAGUUUACCUUGCUUCGGCUCAUUUGGCUCGAAAUUGGAGUUCUUUUUUUCUUCAUAAUGUCAUGAACUUUUGAUAUAUUUUGGCUCGUUAAGGAGUUGAAGCUUGUUUAUCAGCUCGUUAACUCAAUAAAUACUCAAG